AUGUCCUGCUACGACCUCUGUGCCCCCACGUCCUGCGGUCCCACCCCGCUGGCCAACAGCUGCAACGAGCCCUGUGUGCGCCAGUGCCAGGACUCCACCGUGGUCAUCCAGCCCUCGCCCGUGGUGGUCACCCUGCCCGGGCCCAUCCUCAGCUCCUUCCCCCAAAACACCACCGUGGGAUCCUCGGCGUCCGCGGCCGUGGGGAGCGCUCUGAGUGCGGGGGGUGUUCCCAUCAACUCGGGGAGUUCCUCCUUGGGCUUUGGGGGUUUUGGCUACCCCGGGCUGGGCAGUGGCUACAGCCGGCCCUACCGGCGCUACAACCAAUCCCGCAGCGGCUUCUACGGGCCCUGCUGA